GUGCGUACAGAGAGAUUUCCGACGGAAAGCGCCUGGGUCGAAAUGCGACCGAGGAAGAAGCGCUUUCGCAAUCGAGGUUGCGAAAGCGGCGCGGGUGGUCGAAAGGAGGCUUAUCGACCUCAUCCGGGGAGGCUUUUUACGUCCGUCCACUCGGCCGCACAACGCCCGCUUUGUAUCUGCGGCGGAUCGUCUUACCCGGGAGGACGGGUCGUGCGUCAGAGAUGCGAAGAUCGGACAUGAGAAGAGUCGAGUUGACGCUGCUGCUCUUGGGACUGACGCUGACGGCGGCCGGCCGGACCGAGGGCGAGAGGUGCCGGUGCAACCAAACCGUCGCCGCCCUCCACUUGGAGAACAGAGUGUACACGCUGGAAGUGCAGAUGAAACACUGUAUGCAACGCUUGUCCGAAAUGGGGGAAUUCGAAAACAAAGCCGAACGGCACGUAGCUCUUCUGAACAAGCGAAUGAAAGAGAUGCGGUCGGAGAACUUGCCGAAGGCCGAUCGACUCGACUCCGACUCCGACUCGCAGUCGGAAGAGAACGUCACUUCUUUGAUGAGAUUGAUCGACGAGGAGAAGGAAGCCGUCAGAGAGUUGAGCCAACAGAUCUUCGCCCUCAAAAGUCAGAAAAAUCUGCUAAUGACGGAGCUGGAGAGCGAGAAGAAACACCGACGCUCGUUGACCGAGCGCUUGGAAAAGAUGGACAGUCGACUGAGCGAAACCGGGUCCUGGAGGUCGGUGGUGGAAGACAUUCGCCUUCGACUGGACAACCUGAGCCAACCCGCCAACGACUUGACCUCUCGACUGUCGCUUCUACUGGAAGAGAGGGACGGCCUAAGAUCGGAAAUGGAAAACGGGAAGACCCUUCUAAAGAACCUGGAAACUCACAUCCGUUGGUUGGAAAAAGAACUGAACGAAACAAAUAAUUUGAAAGACAACGUGGACGAUCUGCGCGGCGAAAUGAACAGUAUGCGCUCCAACAUAACCGACGAGACGGUCAAUUUAAUAGAGAAAAUAAUAGAGAUCAAAUUGGCCGACGCCGACAAAAAGACGACGAAGGAGAACCUGAAAAUGUUGGAAUAUCAACUGGAAGACGGACGGAGCAACACCACUUCUCUCGUCAACGCUUCCAAAGCGAUUUUCGUCGACGGUUCCGACGAAAAUCGGUCCGAAAGCCAAUUCGAUCCGUCCUGGAAAAAAGAAAUGGCCGAAAUGAGAAAAAGCCUGGACGCCGGGACCAACAGUACCGCUCGACUCUUGUCCGAAAUGGCGGCCGACCUGGAAGCUACCAAAGAAUACGUGUCGCGGGUCAACUCUACUUACCUGGACGGAAUUUCCGCGGCUCUCUCCCGCCUGUCCGAGCUGGAAAAGGACGGGGCGCGAUCUUCCGAACGGUGGCACCAAUGGAAGAACGAUUCGCAGUCCGAAGCGGACGAACUGCGCCGGAAAGUGGAAAUUCUAAACGGUCGAGUGGAAGAGUUGGGCCAGGACGUCGACUUCCUUCGGAGUGCGCAAACCAACGCUUCUUGGCAACUGGAUUGGUUAAGGGACCGGGAGGAAGACGUUUCGGAAAACAGACGAAGUCUGGACCGACUGAAGGAAGAUGUGAAAGAACUGGAGCUAAAGACGAGCAGAGAAUGGUCGGAAACCAGAAGGGAAUUGGAGGAUCUGAAUCUCCUGAAUCUGAAAAUUUUGUACGACGAUCAGCAGAACAACAUGUCGGAAAUGGAUCUGAGACUAAAUCGGGUGGAGGAGACGUUACCGGAAUUGGACGUUUACUACAACAAGUUGCGAAAGAUAGAAAGCGCCCUGAGUAAAACGGGCAGCGCCGAAGAUGUGGCGCGACACGACGAGAAGAUCGUUCGUCUCUUCGUCCAAGUCAGUAAACUGAACGGUCGAACGGAAGACCUGGACCGCAAACUGGACGGAUGGGACGCGAAGAUAGUCGAAGCCAAAAAUUGGGUGGCCAAACACGUAGACAAAGAGUACAAGAAUCUGGAAAAGAGAGUCUUUCGCCAUCGGGAAGACGUGGCUCGUCAUUUCGAACGUUCUCUGGACGAGAAGAUAAGAGAGGUCAGAUGGGAAGCGGAGAAGACGUCGAGUCUCCACCGAGAGUCGCUCGCCUGUCUGCUAAAUCAGUCCGACCCAUGCCGUGGAAACCGAUGGUACGGUUCCCUUACCAACGAGCCGGAGGGGGAAGACUUUUGCCACGUGGUUCCCAGUUGGGACCCGGAACUGGUGGUGUCCUAUCGGUCCAGACCCCUGACGCCUCGGACCCGAAGAAUCGGGCGAGGAGAGGAGUUGGUGUUCAGAUGUUCCCACGUCGGAAGGUACGUUUUGUCCGGUCCGGGAAGAAUCGUCUGCCUGGGCGGGGAUUGGUCCGCCCGAUCUCCCUCCUGUCGGAAGUUGGCCGACGAAGAAGACGUGGAAAACGUGGGGAACGUCGAGGCCUUUUGUCGGUCCUCCGGGACGGGUCGUCACUCUCACCCCUUCGAUUGCCAGCAAUAUUUUAACUGCACGGAGAAGACUUUCCGAAUUUACUCUUGCCCUCCGGAUCUUCGCUUCGACGACGAGUCCGGCAAUUGCGUCCCAAGCCAAUUUUCCAACUGUACGGACCGUCCCGCCGUCGACUACUACCCCCUACCCGGCACCUCGGACCUUCCCGUGGGACUGACCGCGGACGGAACUCUGGUGGUCUUUCCGGGUCAGAACUUGCAGUUGACCUGCAUCCGUCCGGCCAACCUGGGAGCGGUGGAGUGGAGGAUCCGCACCGGAAACAUAACCAAGACUCGCUAUUCCGACUCCUUCGGACAGGGAAGUCGACGACUGCAGCUGAAGGGGGUGGAUCAAUCCGCCAGCGGAACCUAUUCUUGCGCGGAAAGCGGAGACUCCAACAACGACGGAGGAAUUCGUAUUCUGGUCCAGGCCGUUUUCUGUCCGGAGAUGGAGGUGGAAAGUCCUCUGACCGCCCGAAACUCCGCCUCUCGAAGACUGGCUUCCAAAAUCUCUUUUUCCUGUCCGGAGAGCUACGCCUUGACGGGAGCCGAAUUCGUCGUGUGUCUGGCGGACGGGGUGUGGUCGGACCAAGCGCCCACCUGCCGACCCAAAGGAUGUCUUCGACCGAACACCACCGACGACCCGUGGAUCAAGUUGAUUCCGGACCUGCCGUUCUACCGGAUCGACACCAAACUGACCCUGUCCUGCGGAAGGAACGCUCCCGCCACAGACGUUCCCUCCGUCGUCCGGUGUCUGCCCGACAAGACGUGGAGCAUUCUGCCUUUUCCCUCCUGCGGUUGAGCUUAUUAUUUAUAUUUGUGUAUCGUGCACGCGCCUUCGUUCGGCAUCCGUCUUUUGUAUAUUUUAACGGUGCAAUAAAAGUACUCGAUGGAGUUGCGGUCUGUACGACGUCGUCUCCGUCGGCCGAUAACCGAAAACCCUUUCCGUCGUUAUUCCGCCGCGCCAGAAAUCGACGGAGAAAUUUCUCGGUAUUUUAAGUGGUCGGGGGCAAAAUCGAUUACGUUGGCGCGGUUCCGGUCAAGAAAGAACAAAAUAGUUCCUAUGGUAUUACGUCUAAAUGCGUGUGGGAAAAUACUCGAAGAAAAACGACAGUGGCGAGA